UCCUGAUUUCCCGCCAUAAUUCAUUCUCUUUGUAAACAAGGAAAUAUGCCAGGUGUAGAAGAUUGGACAACGAACCCGCUUGGGAUCGUUCAGAGCCUUUAUGAUAAACAUGGAUCAGCUGAUGCUGAAAAGAUCAAAGAAUACUUUCAUGGCAAAACUGAGUCAGAGACAGCUCGUCUGUGGAUUCCUAGCCUCAACGAUACUCCUUUGCACUGCCUUCCACCAAAUUCUCUAGUGAGGUACAGAUGUAUGAUUCAGGACAUGUUUGACCCCGAGUUUUACAUGGGCGCGUAUGAAGUAUCAGAUGUCAACACAAAAGCAACCUCCAUGAAGUCUGGAAAGUACAAGGACAUUGCAGAAUGUGCCAAGCACCAAGAAAUCAACACAGAUUCUGAGAACAAUGUGACAAUGGAGAGACAGACUUUAUACUGUGUGCCUAUACCAGGGGAGACAGACUGGGUCAAGACAGAUUAUUCUGAUAAAGCUGGUAAGAAGGGUUUUCCAUCAUCGUCCAUUACCCCCAACAGGACAAAGCGAGGGUUGGAGGAGGAAGAGACAUCACAGCCAGACACACCUAUGGAAGAGGAAUCAAGGGAUGCAAACAGGAGCGAGGAAAACAAACGGCCACGGACAGAGGCUAUAGCAGGAUCGGUUCCUAGAACUGACCCAGACCUGAAUUUCCCACUGCCUGGUGAAAAAGGACUGCCAUGUCUGGUCAAGAUUUAUGAAGAAAUGGAUGGGUUUGCAGUGAAUGAUACAGUGGAAUUUAUUGGCAUUCUAUCUGUUGAUCCAGCUUUGGCUCAUUUCCAUGAAGAAAACAAGUCGGAUGGACCACAGAGCAGCAUUGAUGGGUAUGAGGAACCGAUGGAGGAGAGGAAUGCCCACGCUCCUCCACCAUCCCUAGUGCCCAGACUUCACUCCAUCAUCCAUCUCAAACUGAAGCACAACAAUCCCAAAGUACCAACAGAGAAAGCGAAACUUAACUCUGAUGUAAGUUCCUUGAGGACAGAGAUUUCUAUGCUGCGACGUCAGAUCCUGUCAGCCCUGGAGCAGGUGAUGCUGGGAGACUCCCUAGCAGCAGAAUACUUCCUGUGUCACCUAAUCUCUUCUGUGUAUGGGAGAGCAGACGUGAUGCCUUUAGGAAAGUUCAGUCUGAAUCUGACUCACUGUCCGCCGACUAAGGAGUAUGGACAACUGAUCCACACCUUUAUACAGGCACUAGUUACCAAGAGCCACUUUCUUCCGCUGUCCAUUGAGAACAUGAACAACCUGAGACUGUGCCCCGAGAAAGACUACACGGCAAACAGACUGAAGAGUGGCGUGUUACAGCUGUCCGCCGAUACCUCGCUCAUCAUUGACGAGACACAGCUACAGCCAGGUCAACUAGAGUCAGCGGGUGUAAAGAACAUCACAGCUCUAGGGAACUUGAUCAGCUGGCAGAAGGUGGAAUAUGAUUUCCGGUUUCACAGACAGGACUUCUUGUCAAAUAUCUCAGUCUUGAUUUUAUCUGAAGCAAAGUCCAUUUUACCGAGUGACUGCCUAGUUCCAUUGAACCCAGCCUGCAAGAUUGAGAGUCUGCAGCGACAUUUCUCCCAGCUAGACGUUGUACUCACCCCAGAGUUCCUGAGUCAUGUUAGGAGGUACCUGACCAUUUGUAAACUGCUGGAGUACACCAUUGAUGAUAACAUGCAGAAGGCAAUUCAGGAUGAUUAUGUGGAGAUGAGAAAAACUGAUCACAAAUCAAUGACAGUAGAAGAUUUCCAUACCUUGCUUAACUUAGUCAGGUUGUUGUCACUAAGUGCUCUGGAGACAUCACCAACACAAAGCAUGUGGGAGAAAGCUAAAACCAUGGAGUCUGAGAGGAAAAGGAGGAUUCUUACAGUGAACAGCAGUCAGUGAUCAAUUCCAGGAAAGUACAUACAUUGUGACUAAGAGGGAGAGAUGGAAUGUAGCUGUACACAGCAGUUUACUGAGAUAUCAGGCAGUUUCUAUCCUCCGACUGUGAUUAAAGCCAUUGAUCAAUUGUUUGGCCAGUUAUGUAACUUUAUUGUUGCAUUAGAAGAUAAUUCUGUUAUAUAUACAAACAUUAAACAAGUUGUUAAGUU